CGAAAAUCUUUCAUCAACUGCGAUCUGUGAUCGAUAUAGAUCUACGUGUAUUUUUGCUGUUUAUAUCAUUGUAUGAAUCACUGAAGACCUAUAGAAUGGGUACUAGUGCAUGCAUACCUAAGUGCAAACGAAAUGCAGGAGGAGGUGACGUAUAGAAGAAGACGAUCGUGAAGAUCAAAAUUUUAGAGACCGCCUGCGAGAAUGGCGCAGACUGGAUAUCGACGACCUGGUGAUGCUCGCAGUGAACGAAGACCGACUGGCCAGAAUGCUGGAAAACGAGAUUGAUGAAACGCCGAAAAAGCAGUCUGCGGUAACGUCUUUCUUCACUGCGCCACUCAAGAGCGAGAGAAUCACCAAGGCGAUAGCCGACAUGAUUGUCUCUGAUUAUGUUCCUCUUCGUAUAGUGGAGAGCGAAUGAUUCAAAAACUUAAUGAGCAUCGUAGCCCCCGACUACACAGUGCCCUGUAGGAAAACAGUGAGGUCUCGUAUCCAGCGACGCUUUAACGUGGAGCGUGAGGCGCUGAUGUCACAAUUAGAAAGCGUUCCGUCCGUGUCUAUCACUACGGAUACCUGGACCUCCAACUUUACCGAGAGUUUAAUCACCGUCACUGAACAACAUAUGACCGACGCAUGGGACCUCAAGUCAAACGUCUUCAUCACGCGUGCCAUGCCUGAACGUCACACUGGGGAGAACCUUGCUCAUCGCCUUAAGGACUGCGCGACCGAAUUUAGUUUGGACGGUAAAGUGGACACGUGUGUGCAUGACAAUGCGAGAAACAUCGAGUGUGCUGCAAGUUUGUGUGAGGAUUGGGGUGAUCUGGGUUGUUUCGCCCAUACUCUACAACUGACAUUGAAGCCUGCGAUGGAAUUGCCUUCAGUGUCUACGGUUGUCAGUCGGUGCAGAAAACUCGUCGGCCACUUCAAGCAUUCCACAACGCUGACGGCGGAACUGGGUGUUAGACAGAAGACGAUGAACGUCCCUCACACACUCUUAUCCAGGAUGUCCCUACCCGGUGGAACGUCACCUAUCUGAUGAUGGAACGCCUGGUAGAGCAGCAGCGCGUUCUUACUGACAUCAUGCUGGAUCCAAAGUUAACAUAGAAGCAAGACGCCGCACUCAACUUGAGGGAAUCGGAUUGGGACAUUAUUAAAGAGUGGUGUGUUAUUCUAAAGCCGUUAGCGGAUACGACAGCAUACAUGAGUACAGAGAGUCACGUGUCUGUGUCGGAAAUAUAUCCGAUCGUUUGUGGAUUGGUCACCAAGAGCCUUGUAUCUUGCUCAACGGACAGUUCCAUCGCUCAUCGAGGGAAAAAGGCGAUUCGUAAUGAUUUGGUCCAUCGCUUCCAGCCAGAAUCGGAAGAAGCAGCAAGGUCAACGGCUGCAUUAGGUGCUCUAUUGGACCCGCGUUAUAAGAAACUGGCGUUCUUCUCGUCCAAACAACGGAAAAUUACUCAGGAUACGUUGGAGUCGCGCGUGGACGAUUUCCCCCUUAGGUUCACAAUAAACAACGGUGACAUUGAGACCCCAUCAAAACGCCGGAAGUUGGAUUUCCUGGACUUUGGCUCACCGGAGAGUACGCUGGAGGAUGAGCUUCAGUGCUAUGUAAACGAGAAGUCCGUUGGCAUGGAUCCUCUGCAGUGGUGGCGGGAGAACGAGGCAGGAUUCCAAAAGGUGGUAGUGGUAGCCCGACGUGUACUCUCGGUGCCCGCGACGUCAGUGCCAUACAAAAGGGUGUUUAGUUCAACCGGCUUACUGCUCAGUAAGUUGAGAAACAGACUCUCAAGUUGCAUCGUGGAUGCCAUCGUGUUUCUGAACAAAAAUCGUGUGAAUGUCUGUUACGUUGACGAGGAUGAAGCAUAGAUGAAUGUAUUGUUUAUUGCUGAAGAUACGAAAUAUAUGUAAAUAUGUUUUAUGGCGAUUAACUGUUUUGUGAAUGCACACUGCAUGUACAUAAUAAUUACGAAACUUGAAAACUAGUUCGUAUAUGCAUGUGUCUGAAUGUGUUCCAGUAUGUUGUUUUCUUACGUUAUCUUUGUUUAAACAAAAAACAACGUGUGCACUAA